GAAAUCAGUUUGACGUCAAUCAGAAUCGUAAAAAUCUAUCAAGUAACCUUAAUUGAGAUGAAAAAUUAAUAAUCGUUUUUUAGUCAAUAAAUGUGGACAUGAACCACAUAAAUCUUACUUUCAUAUCAAAUUCAAUUAAAAACCUUUUUCCGUCCAAUUUUCUACCAGAAGUAACGAUGCAUACGGUUCAUUACGUCGCCAGUUUCAUGAACAGAAUAAUUCGAUACCCAAAGGAUAUUAUCAUGAAACGUUUACAAAGGCAAAAACGAAGGAAAACGGUGUGUACCCAAAAAAAGAAAGAGGAUGGAUCCAAGUGCACUUGCAGUAAAUGCAUUGGCUACAGAACUUCUCAACAGAAACGUGUUAUCGAACCGGACUUCUUUGCUAACCUAGCUUACCAACAUCGCAUAUCUAAACAAGAAGAAAUAUCGCCGGGAAAGGAUAUAAUAACGAACUCUAGCUGCCAAGAUGUUACUGAUCCUGAUAACUGCAAAACAACCUCGGAUCAUAGAGACGUGCAAAUCUCAUCUUGUACGGGCUGGAGCUAUUGGACCAAUGGAAAACAACGAUACAUGCCACCACUGUACCAUCCUUGCAGAAUACCAUCAAAAUCCGAAUGCUCAUCUUCCAUGUCUGGUUACCGGUCUGCUACUCCAACUGCCGAUUCUUUAAACGAAUCGCUCAAAAUUCGCAAGAAUGCUUCAGAAACUUCUAUUGUUACACAUAACAGGUCUGUCGUGGAAAUAGCAAUUUAUAAAAGAAAGAAGCAAAAUCGAUCUAAGUCGGAUUCAAGAUUCAUUCUGCGAAGGAAUAAAAAGAAUAGCACUAAACGUUUGACGAGAAGUGCCUCAACUAAAACAGCGAGUUUCAAAAAGAAGAAAAGGAGCAAAAGAUUGUUCAAUGUAGGGCGAAACCGAAGUAAAGACACGUCAUCACGAAAAAUAAGCAAAGUUACAAGCCACACAAGUCUCAAUAAUUUUAGCACUAGGGUUUGCUGCUCUAGAAGUAUAAUCAAUUUGAAAUAACUUUUAAAGUGUUAAUUUCAUCUGGUGGACGUCAGCUCAGUUGUAAAUGAAGUGACUAUUAUUAUAAUUAAUGUUUGAUAUUUUUCAUUAAAUGUAAUAUUCUCUUAUAAUUUUUACGAAAUUUAUUUUAGAGAGGAAGAGGAUAAAUUUCAUGUUCUAUGAAAUAGUUCCUA